AUGAAUAAACCAAAACUUAAAAUUGUUUAUAAGAAAAGAAAAAUACCAAUAAUAGGCGCAGAAACAACAGUCAUUGCAACAACAACAGCCAUUACACAAACAACAGUCAUUGCAGAAACAGCAACCAAUACACAAACAGCAACGGAAACAGAAACAGCAACCGAAACAGUAACAGCAACCGAAACAGCAACAGCAACCGAGACAGAAACAGCAACCGAGACAGCAACAGCAACCGAGACAGAAACAGCAACCGAGACAGAAACAGCAACCGGGGCAGAGACUGCAACCGAGACAGAAACAGCAACCGAAACAGAAACAGCAACAGAAACAGCAACAGCAACCGGGGCAGAGACUGCAACCGAGACAGAAACAGCAACCGAAACAGAAACAGCAACCGAGACAGAAACAGCAACCGGGGCAGAGACUGCAACCGAGACAGAAACUGCAACCGAAACAGAAACUGCAACCGAGACAGAAACAGCAACCGGGGCAGAGACUGCAACCGAAACGGAAACAGCAACCGAAACAGAAACAGCAACCGAGACAGAAACAGCAACCGGGGCAGAGACUGCAACAGAGACAGAAACUGCAACCGAAACAGCAACCGAAACAGAAACAGCAACGGAGACAGAGACUGCAACUGAGGCAGAGCCUGUAACCGAGACAGAAACUGCAACCGAGACAGAAACAGCAACCGAUACAGAAACAGCAACCGAAACCGAAACAGAAACAGUAACCGAUACAGAAACAGAAACUGAUACAGAAACAGCAACCGAUACGGACACAGCAACCGAAACAGACACAGCAACCGAUACAGAAGCAGCAACUGAUUCAGAAACAGCAACCGAUAUAGAAACAGCAACCGAUACAGAAACAGCAACCGAUACAGAAACAACAACUGAUACAGAAACAACAACUGAUACAGAAACAACAACCGAUACAGAAAUAACAGACGAUACAGAAACAAUUUAA